CAAUAUCUACCAGUACAGUUUAUAUUCUUUCUAAAACUUAAUUAUGAUUUUCUGGUGGCUUGUAAGCAGUAUCAGUAUGUCUUACAGUUAUUCUGUUAUAUGAAUGUGUUGUGAAUUAGUUGGAAAUUAGGGAUUUAGUAAAGUGCUUUCACUGUGAGGAACUGCCACCCUCCAUGACUUGGACUCAUUGCCACUAUGGUAACCUGCUUAGCAUGGCAGCUAGCUCUACAGUUUAGCCGAGUAGCAAAGUUUUGACUUGCUGCAGAUGGAGGAGUAAGUCAGCUGGAUGGAUGCCAUAGAGGAAAACAUGUCACCAGAGGAGAUGCUUGAGAAAAUAGCAGAGCUGGAUUACAAUCAGAGCCUGCUGAGGGAUCUGAAUGCUGAGAUGAGGAAAUGGCUGGAUGCUGCAGAUGAUGACAUGGCAGUGCUGCGCUCGGAGAAUGAGUCCCUCAGAAAACAAGUGAAAGCCCUGGAGAAACUUGUCUGUGACGCACAACAGGUUGAAGCAGAGCCUUGCACAACUCUGGCAAAUGAUCUUGAGGCAACUAGAUGCAAUGAAGAAAAGAUCCAUGCAUUGGAGAAGGAAUCCACCAUGAUGAGGGAACAAAAUAAGAAGCUAACAGCAGAGCUCAAAAGCCUCCAGCAAGAGAGAGACCAGGGCAAGUUGACUUUGAGCAACCUCAAGGUUACUCUUCAGGCCUUGGAGUUUCAAAUGGAAGAGGCUCAGUCAGGACUGCAGCACAGAGAUGAGGUUAUUCAUCAAAAAAACCUGCUGUUGAAACAUUUGGAUGAAACUGUAGACGAGUACUCGAAUGCCAUAAAGGACCUCAGGCUGAAAAACCAGGAGCUGAGGAAGCAGUUGGAGGACAGACUAGAUGAGGCCACAUUUGACCUGAUGAGAGAGAAAGAACAACUGCCCAGCCCCCCUCUGUCCUUUGCAGAGGAAAUUAAACUGCUGGCCUCGAUAGCUGAAGGGAAAAUCAGCAUGGCCGACUCUGCAGAUCUUGGAAAUUGUCUCCAGGAGGAAGCUGAGGCGGAGGAGCUGCUGAAACCAGAUCCUCACACAGUUAACCGUCAGACCACAAGAUGUGCAGGUACCGUGGAGGCAGCCGUCCAUAGAGCGGGUUUCUUUAUGCUGGGCAUCUUCAUUCUCAUGGUUUUAGCCUUUGUGGCUUCAGGAAACAUUGCAGGAAAAUCUGACCUCUUUUCUAUCAACACUUUGUGGAGUAGAAUGCGCCUGAUGUUACAUCCCUACUUUAGUGUACAUUAUGGGGCCUUGCCUCCCAUUUGAGCUUAACUUUCCCUGUGGUUUAUGCUUGCAUUUGAGUGGGUUUUUUUUUUGGGGGGGGGGGUAUUAGGUCAGAAAACAAACAAAUAAAACAUCUCAUGAUGCAUUUAGCUGGCUCAGUCGCAGGGUCCUGCAUGUGCUUGUUGUGUGUUGAAUUGUUGAGUAUUACUUAAUUACUAAAAUGUGUUUUUCAUGCAGUGACAAAUCUAUUAAAAGAUUCUA